AUGACAAUACAGCGCCAGAUAACCAACGCCAAAAUAUACAUUAUUGGUGAUAAGGACACGGUUAUCGGUUUUCUUCUCGCCGGCGCAGGCAACAAGGAUGGAAGGGGUAGAACCAAUUACACAGUUGUUACACCAAAAAUGGACAAAAUCCAAAUUGAAAAUGUAUUUAGAUCGUAUGUGGAACAAGAAGAUUGUGGGAUAAUCAUCAUUAAUCAGCACCUGGCCGAAAAGAUUAGGAGCACUGUCAAUAUGCACGUCAAACCAAUUCCAUCUGUUGUAGAAGUUCCAAGCAAAACCCAACCAUAUGAUCCUAGUAAGGAUGUAAUUAUGAAACGGAUUGAAGUUUACAAGAAUGUUAAUUCGAACAAAUAA